AGCGAUUUUUUUUAUACGGCAGCAGCAGUAAGCCGUAGUAGUAGUUGUUUGAUUCAACGCCAACUUCUUCUCCAAUGUCCGUCGAAAAACGAAAGGAAUCGCCGAGCCUUCCAGGUGGUGGAGGCUCAUUAGUUAAACGCGCACGACCUGAUUCCGAAGCCAAGGACAAGGAACUCAUCCUGUCUAAUGAACGAUCCGGCACUAGCAAUGCACUUGUUGGAACGAUCAAACGUACGUCGAGCCUUCAAGCACCCGUCAUGCAACUUAUUGGUCACGAGGGUGAGAUCUUUUCCAGUAAAUUCGAUCCUUCUGGUCAAUAUAUAGCAAGUGCUUCGGGCGAUCGAUCAAUAUUAUUGUGGGAGACGUACGGUGAUUGUAAGAACUACGGUGUAUUGCGAGGACACACGAACGCGGUUUUAGAAUUACACUGGUCGCGUGAUGGAAGCCAAUUGUUCACUUGUUCAGCAGACAAGACUGUGAGCAUUUGGGAUGCCAAUACAGGAGAACGUACGCGACGAUGGAAAGGACAUACUAUGGUGGUCAACAGUUGCCAGGUUGCACGAAGAGGACCGGAAAACAUAGUUUCUGGUAGUGAUGAUGGAACCAUCAAGCUUUGGGAUAGCCGAGCAAAGGAUGCCACACAGACCUAUCAAGACAAGUUCCAGGUUACCAGUGUAUGCUUUAGCGAUGCUGGCGAUAUGGUUUAUUCAGGUGGAUUGGAUAAUGAGAUCAAGGUUUGGGAUAUGAGAAACAAAGAAGUUGCAUAUACAUUAAAUGGACACAUGGAUACCAUUUCUGGCAUGGCAUUAAGCCCAGACGGAUCAUCACUGCUAUCAAACAGUAUGGAUAACACGGUACGAAUUUGGGAUGUCAAACCAUUUGCACCUGCAGAUCGUUGCACUCAAGUAUUGCAAGGUGCUCCUCAUGGUUAUGAAAAGAACUUGAUCACCCCUUGCUGGUCGACCGAUGGAACCCAAGUUGCUUGUGGCUCAGCAGAUCGAACCGUUGUUAUUUGGGAAGCCAAUUCGGGCAAGAUUCUGUACAAGUUACCAGGCCACAAGGGUUGUGUUAAUGAUGUGGAUUGGCAUCCAAAGGAACCUAUCGUCAUGAGCGCUAGCACGGAUAAGACUAUGCUGCUUGGUGAAGUAAAGGAAACUCAAUAAUUGCUACAUACAUACACUCACAUCCUUUUGUCACUUUCGCUUUUCUCCAUUCCGCACGACACAUUACACACGCACGCACACACACACACCUUCCUCUAUAUAUAUACACACAAAUUCAAAAAACGUCCUUUUUUCUUCAAAAUUACUUUUCUUUUGUUGCUUGAAAAAAUAUGCUUAAUGUACAAUGUCGUGG